CCAGGUCCACCAAUUGUACGUAAUGGCGUCACGGGCGACCGCCGCCACUCGCCGGCGGGCGGAAUCAGCUUUGCCGUUUUGUAUAUUAAGACACCGCAUCGCAUCUUUUUAUCACAGUUAAAUUCUUCAACUAUUCAAACCUGAUACAUUCAACUCCAAAAUGAAGGGACAAGCUGUUGAACGCAUUAGCAUCCGGUGGCUGCCGGAUCCAGCCUUCGAGGAUACGCGGACCGUUGCCCUCAAUGUUGGCGGUUAUUUUAUCGACUUGCGCACCACCAAAGAAGAGCCAUCCAUCCAAUGGAGCCACGCUGGCGAGCUGACUAUUCUCAAGGAGGAGCCAUUUACGUGUCGAUGGACACACAUCAUCGACUCGCUCGGUUUCACUGAUCCGGACGAGGCAUCUUUCACCAAGUUGCCCAAUGGUGAUGAGCUCGAAGUCGGCGAGACCAAAUGCCCCCACAAGAAUGACGCCAUGACGGCAUAUGAGGAAGUGUGGCGAGAUGUAACCGCUCACGAGAAGCCAGAGGAGCCAUCGUGGAUCCUACGAAGUAGCGAGGGAAAUACUUUCAUUGGAAGGGUUGGAAACAUCUAUCAGGCCAACAGCCUGGAUGCCAAUGGGUUUUCUGCGAGGAGAGAAGAUUUUGUCAAGAAUGCAGGAGAAUGGAACAUUUCCUUUGCUGCUGGCAAUGCCGUUUCCAUCCCGAGAGUGGCUGAUGUGUUGAAAGAGCUCAGCUCGAAGCCUAAGUGGUCAAUUGGCGAGAAGGUCACAGUUAGUGGUCACGAAUUCUCAGUCAUCGCUAUCGAGGAGAACUAGACGUUAUUUACCGUUCGCCACGGGUCGAUGCGUAUUAUGUAUUUAGUCAAUACCGG